AUGCAAAACCACCAAAAAUGGGAUGUCGUACAAUUGUAUGGCAAGAAUUUGAAGCCAUCUGAGAAUUCGGCACCAAAUUUUUUAUGCACGGAAUGUGAUUUACAUUUCAUGCAUUUAUCGGAAUUUUGGCCAGUUGAAAAAUGGCAUAAAAUACUUACACAUAACUGGCCAACUGAUGGAUCGGAUUUUGUACUUAUGAUUCGAAUCAAUCAAGAGAAUCAAUAUCGAUAUAAAUCGAUAAGAUUGGAUGAAAUCAGCUACAUUUACACAGUAAAUGAUAGAAUUAUCAGAUUCGAAUUGAAUGACAAACAUCCAUUCGAAUAUUCAAUGAAAUUUACCGACGGAAGCAAAGUACGUCGAUUAUUGAAAACCAUUUUUAAAGAAAUCCCAUGUUUCAAUUGGGAUUUAAUCAUUACAAAUCCGGAUCAUGACAGUUACUGUCUCUUGAACCGGAAUCAUUCAAAACUGAACAACAGUUCGGUUGAUGAAAAGCCGGUGGAAAAUGAAGAUGAUGACGAUAAUGAUGAUUCAAUCAUUUAUAUACCACCAAAAGUAAAGCGAACAGAUGGCCAAUCAACAUCGAAAUCUUUAUAA